UCUCCUUUCCCCCACAACGCACUAUAUUACGUCACGUUGGGGAGAGAAUUUACCAAAGCCGCCUUAAGAGCAUUGAGAGUGACUAGAGAGACGAGUAAAGUACAGUUCUGAUAGCCCAGAUUAUAGAUAAAUACAUAGAUAGAGAUAGAUAGACAGACAGACAGGCUAUAUAGAGAUAUAGGCAGACAGCCAGAUAGCAUAACGUUAGCAUAACUUUGUGUAAAAAGUAAUCAAACAAUUAACAUACUCGUGCGUGCUGGCUUGAGGGGGACCAUGUUCCUGCUUGAAAUGGGUGUCUCUAUGGCUCUGGCUGAGGCUUUCUCCACUUCUCCCCAACGUGACGACAUCGCCGAAUUGCUUAAAAAAACGUUAAUAGCAAAAACGUAAAAACAGGAUCUUUAAGACCAUUUUUCAGACAUUUUAAAAAUGAUAUACAUAUCUUGAGUGAUUUAUGUACCCAUUAAUCGAUAGUGGUGCUUAACCUGCAACACGCCCUUUAAUUUCAAAUUUUACUCUCUAAAUGCAGUCCCAUGCAAAGCAUGCUGGGAAAUAGAAGUCCACUGCCUUGUUAGUUAAAUUUACUUAAAUAAUUCAAGUAGUUUCAACACAAAAUUUUCUUCUUACAAAUUUGGGUGGAUUUUACAUGAUAAAAUUAAGUGAAAUUUACUCAAUAAUCUGUUCAUUUAUAUUUACUUACAUUUUUUGUGUUAUUUUUACAUUCACUUUUUACAUUUUUUAAAAAUAAUUUAAUCAUUUCUUUUAAGUUAAAUUUACUAAGGCACAGAAUCAUUUUUUUCAGUGUAGUAGUUAUGUCUGGGAAGAGACAGGAUAAGGUUUCUGAAUUAUAUUCCUACUAAAUAAAACAUUUGAGUGGUGGUUAAUUUCAUGUCAAGAAAACCAAUGCAAUUAAAAUACAUAAUUCUGACAGGACUUUCAGUGAAACUUUUGCCCAUUCAUUUAUUUCCUGAGGACAGAUGGAGUAUUUGAGACCUUUCUUAACUGUUCUUCUGGUCUUCAAUGGAAUUUAUGGAUCCUCAAGCACCACAACUGUUCCAAGCACCACAACUGUUCCAAGCACCACAAUUUCUCCAAGCACAACAACUGGUCCAAGCACCACAACUGCUCAAAGCACCACAACUGCUCAAAGCACCACAACUGCUCCAAGCACCACAACUGCUCUAAGCACCACAACUGCUCCAACCACCACAACUGCCCCAAGCACCACAACUGCCCCAAGCACCACACCUGCCCCAAGAACCACAACUGCUCCAAGCACUACAACUGCUUCAAGAACCACAAAUGCUCCAAGCAUCACAACUGCUCCAAGCACCACACCUGCCCCAAGAACCACAACUGCUCCAAGCACCACAACUGCUUCAAGAACCACAAAUGUUCCAAGCAUCACAACUGCUCCAAGCAUCACAACUGCUCCAAGAACCACAACUGCUCCAAGCAUCACAACUGUUCCAAGCAUCACAACUGCUCCAAGCACCACAACUGCUCCAAGAACCACAACUGCUCCAAGGACAAUUUUAACUUCACUAGGAAGAUCCACGCUCUCAGUUACAACCACUACAACCACCAUAACAGCAUCUGCACCAAUAACACCUGCUGGCUCAACCAUACAGGCAACACAGGGAGGAGCCACACUUCCAGCUGCCAUAGCAACAACAACAACUGCUUUGAUAGCUACAGGGUCAACAAUAGUUAAAACGUCAUCAACCUCCAUUAUCACCACUACAGGGUCAACAACAGCUACAACGUCAUCAACCUCCAUCAUCACCGGGUCAACCUUACAGUCAAUACUCGGUGUUUUUAUCUGGAUGAUGUGGCUUCUUCAGUAGAGCAUUGAGGAGAAAGUAGAGGAAAAGCAGCCCACAGCAAUCGAUUUAAGAGCAAUUUUGCUGCAUUAAAUAUUUCAUGAAGUUUAGAGUUUAUUAUCGUUUAUCUUCAAUAUUUGAUGCUAUCUAAUUAUGCUUGAUAUUUCUCAAUAUGUUUUGUUGUCACAUUUGUGAAGUAUUAGGAAUAUAUUAGCAAAUAAAAUAUUUUUUUCCAAAUAUGUUUUGACGUAGAUUCAUUACAUAUAAAACAUUCCUAAAGUAAUAUAUUCAAACAAAAUCUAUUAAAACUCAGAACUAUUAAAAGAAGUUGACAGAAUGUUUCUGUGUUCAUCCAAACGCCAUAAGAAAUAUAUCUCCAAGAUAAUUGUGUAUCCGUUAAUGAGAAACUUAGAGCAAGCUUAGAGCAUUAUACAACAUAUUUGCUUAAAUUACAGCAUAAGUUCUACAUUUCUUUCAAAUAUGUCAACAAUUUAAAAUCUGUGGUUUCAAUAAAUCAUAAAUGUCACAUUUUUAGCUUUAUUGAGAAUUAUAAAGAAUAUUGUAAUUAAUUAAAUUUCAAACAUAUAAAGACUGAUCUCUUAAGUGAAUGUUGUACUAUUUGUAAUAUUACUGAUUGUAAUUAACCACAUUCAUUUAUAUAUU